AUGUCGGAGACGCCGGAGAAAACCCCGAACCAGAGCUCGUCGUUGAUCUCGCCGACGAGCUCCCGUUCCGUGACGGAGACGAUAAACGGGUCGCACCAUUUCGUGAUCCAGGGAUACUCUCUGGCCAAGGGCAUGGGCGUCGGCAAACACAUAGCCAGUGACGAUUUCACCGUCGGAGGGUACAAAUGGGCGAUCUACUUCUACCCCGACGGCAAGAACCCGGAGGACAAUUCCACCUACGUGUCGGUAUUCAUCGCUCUGGCGAGCGAGGGUACGGACGUCCGUGCGCUGUUCGAGUUGACUCUUGUUGACCAGAGCGGGAAGGAGAAGCAUAAGGUGCACAGCCAUUUCGAUCGGUCGCUCGAGAGCGGUCCUUACACGCUUAAAUACCGUGGCAGUAUGUGGGGAUACAAGCGUUUUUACAGGAGAGCGAUGCUCGAAACAUCAGAUUAUCUCAAAGAUGAUUGCUUGAAGAUCAACUGUACUGUUGGGGUUGUGGUUUCUGCUAUUGAUAGUUCGGGAUUACAUUCCAUUCAGGUUCCAGAUUCUAAUAUUGGGUCAGAUUUUGGUAUGCUUCUAGAAAAUAUGGAGGGUUCUGAUGUUAUUUUUAAUGUGUCUGGGGAGAGAUUCCAUGCCCACAAGUUGGUGUUGUCUGCUCGUUCCCUUAUAUUUCGAUCUGAAGUAUUUGAAGAAACGGAUUGCGGUGAACAAGAGAUUAUAAUAUCAGACAUGGAACCUAAAGUUUUUAAGGCAAUGCUGCAUUUUAUGUAUAGAGAUGCCUUGGUUGAAGAUGAACUGAUAGCAUCUAGCUCUUCUUCGUCCCCUUUGGUAACUGACACAUUAACUGCAAAGUUGCUCGCAGCAGCUGAUCGCUAUGAUUUGGGAAGACUGAGACGGAUGUGUGAAUCUCAUCUUUGCAAGGAUAUAUCUGUAAAUUCUGUUGCACAUAUGCUUGCUUUGGCAGAUCGCUUUCAUGCUGCAGAAUUGAAAGCUAUUUGCCUUAGCUUUGCUGCAGAGAACCUGGCAGCUGUUAUGCGUUCGGAUGGUUUUGAGUAUCUGAAGGAGAAUUGCCCGGCCCUACAGUCGGAGCUUUUGAAGACAGUGGCCGGCUGUGAUGAAGACUGCAACAGUAGUGGCGGCAAGUUGAGAAGUGUGUGGGCUCAGCUAUCUGAUGGUGGUGAUACAGGUGGCAGAAGGGUGAGGCAACGGACUUGA